GAAAAGAUGAAGCUGAGGAAAGAAAGAUGGCUGCAGAAAAUAGAAAGUGUGAAGAUAAUGAAGCAGAAGCGAAAAGCCGAAGCAAAGCGAAAAGCAACACCUGUGGUGGGAGACAUGCAGCCCUUGAUGGAAGCCCUACCUGAGCUCUCUGACCUGACUGCAGGUGGCAGGGGCAGGAAGCCAGUCAAGAGCCAUAUAGCAAAGGCAGAACCAUCAGACUUCUGUCUGAUGAAACAAGCUCAGAAACAUCGGCUCCUAGAGAAGGAAGUGGCUCGGUUUCAUGAGGUUAUCACUGAUCCCAAGUACAGAGCCAACCCCCUCAUGGCCAUCAGCAACCACCUCUCCAAGAGGCUGAGGCUGGGGGAAGAAGGGAAUCCCCUCUAGAGUGUCAGCUGGGACCAGAGCAGCGCACCAGGGUGCAAAGUCUCUGGGCUUCGAAGGAGCACCUCUCUGACAUGACCUCUCAACUACUUCGGUCCUUGGAAGCAGUUCAGCAGAUAAUUAAAUCCAACAGCCCUGGUUUCUGUCUGCAAGAAUAACACAGCUCUCUCCUGAUAGGGGCAGCUGCCUCUUUGCAGGCAGUCUGCAUGGAGCAGGGUGUUCUGUGGGAUCUUUGUACAGGCAUUAAUCUCCCUGCAAAGUGUCUUGAUACAUUUGCUCUUCUUGUGAGCAGGCACAAUUUCUGAAAUUGUGCCAAUGGCCAUGCAUCUGUUUUCUGUCGUUUCCCUCCCCUUCCUGACAACUCUGAAAAGAGAUUCCCAAGUGCUGUGUUGGAAUGGGUCAGGACUCCAAGCCCAGGAGACUGUUGGAGAUCUGUCAGGAUGAAUGCUGCUGUUCACAGACAUUGCUUUAUGUGAGAAAUUUAGCUUUGGAAUAAACACACUUUCAUACAGCA